AUGGUUUUGAGCGAAAAGAAUUUCACUCGCCGCGUUAAGAGUUUAAAUAAAUAGUCUGUAUGGAGGUAAAUAUGUUAGAUAUAUACUUUCUGUGACAAAACGACUACUAACCCACCUGUGACGCACGUGACUGUUUCAUUUUAAUGUCAGGAUCUUAAGAGAUCACUGAAGAUGCCUCUCUUUGGAAAUACAUUCAGUCCGAAGAAGACUCCUCCUCGCAAGUCUGCAUCUCUGUCCAGCCUUCACACGUUGGAUCGUUCAACAAGAGAAAUAGAGCUGGGCCUCGAAUAUGGACCUCCUGUAAUGAACCUUGGAGGUCAGAGUUGGAAAUUUGAAGAUGGACAGUGGAUAUCAGAAUCGGGUGGGAAUGCAUCUGGUAGGGAGGUGCAGCGGCUUAAGAAAAGAAAUGUACAGCUGGAGGAAGAGAACAACCUCCUGAAACUAAAGAUUGAAGUUCUCUUGGACAUGUUGACAGAGACGACCGUAGAGUACCACCUGAUAGAGAAAGAAGUGGAAGAUAUAAAGACUCAACAUCAAAGGAAUAAAUGACAAAUUUGAUGCCUUCAUCUUCGGAAAUGUUCUUCACUCUCAGAGAGUUUAAAGUUUGUUGAUGUAAAAAGAAGUGUUCAUUUGUAUGUGUGUAAUGAGGACUCUUAAGCUGUAGGUCUCGGCUGUGCUUGUAUUUAAUUGGAAAAGCAGCUAGUCCUUAAUCGCAUUUAGUAGUUACUUUUAUUUGUCCUGUUCUGCAUUUGUAACUGUAAAUCUGCAACAACUAUGAAUGUGUUUGUUUAAUAUCACAGU